AUGGGUCGCGUCGCGCCUGCAGCUCCACUUUCAUGUUCGACAUUAUCGUCCACCUGCCCUCUCUCCAUUCUCACCUUUCAACCUCACACAACUACCUUUUCCAAUCUCGCCGCCUGGUACCGACGACGCCAACAGGCAUCCAUCAUCAGAAUGGCUGACGAGAUCAUGUCCAAUGCUUUCGAGAGCGUGCCCGACGAGGAGCAAAUCGUGGAGAGCAAAUUGAUCAACGAAGAGUACAAAAUAUGGAAGAAGAACAGCGUGUUCCUGUAUGACAUGCUCUACGCGCGCGCCCUCGAAUGGCCCACUCUCACCGCACAAUGGUUGCCCGACAAGAAGCACAUCGAUGGCACCAACCUGAGUGUUCACCGUGCCAUUCUCGGAACUCACACAUCAGAUCAGGCGCAAAACUACCUUCAAAUUGCCCACGUCGAGAUCCCCGACAUGCCCACCCCCGACCUGGCCGAACUCAACGAGGAACGUGGUGAGGUCGGCGGCUAUGGCAACGCGCGUCGCCCCUUUGACUUCAAGAUAGCUCAGAAGAUCAACCAUCCUGGCGAAGUCAACAAGGCUCGCUACCAGCCCCAGAAUCCAGAAAUAAUUGCUACCCUGACUGUCUCUGGCAAAGUUCUCAUCUUCGACAGGACCAAGCACCCCAUGCAGCCUAAAGAUUCUGAUGUCAAGUUCGAGGCCGAGCUUGUCGGUCACGAGGCCGAGGGUUUCGGCCUUGCUUGGAGUCCCUUGAAGGAAGGCCACCUCGUCACCGGCAACGAGGACAAAACAGUCCGCACUUGGGAUAUCAAGGGUGGCUUCUCCAAAGACAACAGGAAAAUUGAGCCUACCGCUACAUACACCGUUCAUGACGCUACAGUCAAUGAUGUCCAAUACCACCCCAUCCUGGACUUCUUGAUUGGCACUGCGUCCGAUGAUCUGACAUGGCAAUGCAUCGAUACACGACAACAGUCGUUCAAGAAAGCCUUGUACCGGAAAGAAGCACAUCCUGAUUCAGUCAACUGUCUCGCAUUCCACCCUCAAUUCGAAACUCUCAUGGUCACAGGUUCAUCAGACAAAACUGUCGCACUCUGGGAUCUCCGCAAUUUCGAAAGACCUUUACACACAUUCCAGGGCCACAACGAAAGCGUCAUGGGAUUGCAAUUCCACCCGCAAGAGGCCACUAUACUAGCGAGCUCCAGCAACGAUCGCCGGGUCCGACUUUGGGAUCUGAGCAUGGUCGGAGAUGAACAGACCCCCGAGGCAGCUGAAGAGGGUCCGCCAGAACUCCUCUUCAUGCACGGCGGCUUUACGAACCGCAUCUGCGAUUUCGACUUCAACAAGAACGAUCCUUGGGUCAUGCUGGGCGCUGCCGAAGACAAUCAGCUACAAAUUUUCCGCCCCGCUCGCAAACUCGUGCAGCCGCUGCCGGAAAACACAAAUCAUGGAGAGGUUGAAAGACCUGUGCCCGAACCGUCACGUCCUUGUCCCGACUCACCACCGUCCGCUGCCCCAAAACAAGAUCGGCCUAUUCCUCCGCCCCUUACCACUCCCGUAAUACCCGUAGAGUCCGAGAAUGCACCAGCCAACGCAUCAGCCGAGCCCUCACCUAAACCCAAGAAACGGGGUCACCGACGUACAAGCUCUUUCGCUCCACCCGCCCCGUGGCAUCUAGGCACCGGGGAUAAAGUGGAGAGGGUGACAACCCCUCCUCCCAACUAUCCUAGCAUCUAA